AUGGGAGUACUAAAUUUCAAGCACUUCUUUUUGGGGAACUUCAUUGAGUUCGAUGGAGCAUCCCAUACAGUGUUUCUAUUCCUUCUGAUUCCAUGUUGCUUGACUAUGGAUUUAAGGGCACCUCCUAUUAUCCCAAAUAUACCUUUUCUCUGGGCUUGGAAUGCUCCAACUGAAUUUUGUUCUGGAAAGUUUAAUGAGCCACUAGAUAUGAGCCUCUUCUUUCUAACAGGAAGUCCCCGAAAAACUGCCACAGGGCAAGGUGUUACUAUAUUUUACACUGAUAGACUUGGAUAUUAUCCUCACAUAGAUGUUUCUCUAACAAGUGUGCAUGGAGGAAUCCCUCAGCUGGGGUCCUUACAGGAUCAUUUGGCCAAAGCUCAGAAAGACAUUUUACAUUACAUGCCAAUAGACAAUGUAGGCUUGGCUGUAAUUGACUGGGAAGACUGGAGACCCACCUGGGAAAGAAACUGGAAACCUAAGGAUAUUUACAAAAAUAAGUCUAUUGAGUUGGUUCAGCAACGGAAUGUAAACCUUAAUGUCACAGAAGCCACCAAGAUAGCCAAAGAAGAAUUUGAAAAGGCAGGAAGAAGUUUCAUGGAAGACAGUUUAAAAUUAGGAAAAUCACUUCGGCCAAAUCACUUAUGGGGUUUUUAUCUUUUUCCUGAUUGUUAUAACCAUAACAAUAGAAAACCCAAUUACAAUGGACAGUGCCCUGAUAAAGAAUUGCAAAGAAAUGAUGCUCUCAACUGGAUAUGGGAGGAAAGCACAGCCCUUUAUCCAUCCAUUUAUUUGAAGAGUGACUUAAGAUCAUCUCAACAAGCUGCACUUUUUGUCCGAAAUCGUGUGCAGGAAGCCAUUAGGGUUUCUAAAGUGGCAGAUGCUAAAAGUCCACUUCCAAUUUUUGUAUACAUUCGUUUAGUUUUUACUGAUCUAACUAUGGAAUUCCUUUCUGAGGAAGACCUUGUGCAUACAAUUGGCGAAACCAUUGCUCUGGGUGCAUCUGGAAUUGUAGUAUGGGGAACUCUUGGUUUAGCACGAAGGUCUAUGGCUUGUCCAGUACAUCUUGCCUGAAACCUACAUGAUUACAUGACAACUACAUUGAAUCCUUACAUAAUCAACGUCACCCUAGCAGCCAAAAUGUGUAGCCAAGUGCUUUGCCAGAAUCAAGGUGUGUGUUCAAGGAAAAAUUGGGACUCAGAUGACUAUCUUCACUUAAAUUCAGUGAAUUUUGAUAUUGAAGCCGUGCAAGGUGGAAAGUAUGUAAUAAAUGGAAAACCUACCCUUGAAGACCUGCAAUAUUUUACCAAAAAAUUCCACUGCAGCUGUUAUACUAACUUGAAUUGUAAGGAGAGACUUGAUGUAGAAAAUGUUAAGACUAUUAAUGUGUGUGCUAUUGAAGAUAUUUGCAUAGAUGCGGUUUUAGAACCAGAAGCCAAUGCUGGGCCUGUUGUUGCAAUGAACAAACCUGUUUCCACUAAGAAUGGACAUCUUGUUGGCUCCAUUCCUGAAUUUAUACAGAAUCUGUCCACUUCUCAGCACCCCACUGCUCCUGACCUCAGUGUUAGUCAUUAUCGUCGCUUGCCUGGACAAGUGCAGCAGCCUCCUGACUUGUCCCUUAUAACCUUUCCAUCCUCUCGCCAGUCUGUUCUUCUACCCACUUCCCAGCGUUAUUGA